AUGCGACCAUCUCUUCGAUUUUUAACUAAAUCACCUACGCCAACACCGAAUUAUCCAGGACAUACACCAUUAACAUUCUCUCAAAAUGCAUUACUGGCUGUUGGAUCUGGUAUAGUCGGAGUAUGGACAUCCCGAGGUGAUUUAGUAGCAUCAUUAUCCGAAUCUACUUCAUCAACAUUCUUACCUUCUCUUCAUGAAAAGAUGACUAUAAAUCCAGAAGGUAGACAAAUACUAAGAGAUAAACCAAAUAUCACGUCGGAAUCCUUGAGAGGAUUGGAAAGUCUGAAGAGAGGUACAUUGGGUAGAGAAUAUUGGGAAUGGCUGAAAGAUGGUGAUGUGGGUCCGGAUACCAGAGCUGAUGUCCAAUAUAUCGACUCACCCACAUUGGCUUAUACGAUGCUACGAUACAGACAAACGCAUGAUUUAUAUCAUACAUUAUUCUCACUUCCACCUACGUUACCCCACGAACUAUCGUUAAAAGUAUUAGAAUUUUCCAACAUGUCAUUACCUGUCGCGGCAUUAUCCUCGGUCUUCGGACCGUUCCGACUAAAACGUCGAGAAACAUGGAUGAGGGAUUGGGUACCGUGGGCAUUGAGAACAGGAAGACAAGGUAGAAGUUUAGUUGGCGUUUAUUGGGAAAAAAGAUGGGAUCAAGGUAUAGGUGAAUUAAGAAGAGAAUUAGGUGUGGAAAGGAAUAAUCAAUUAGGUGUGGAAUCAAGAUGGGGAGGAUAUAGGAAAAUCAGAGAAAAAGAAAGAGAUUUAAGAAAAAAAGGUGAAUGGGUCGAUGAACCUGAAGAAUGGUAA